AUGGACGUCGUCAACGCAGAGCAAGCCCGCAUCGCCGAAGAGGCCGGCGCCUGCGCCGUCAUGGCCCUCGAGCGCGUCCCCGCCGAUAUCCGUAAAGACGGUGGCGUGGCUCCUGCUGUCACGAUACCGGUCAUGGCCAAGGCAAGAAUAGGACAUUUUGUGGAGUGUCAGAUACUGGAGGCGUUGGGGGUGGAUUAUAUUGAUGAGAGCGAGGUGCUGACGCCGGCGGAUGAUAAGUUUCAUGUUGAGAAGGAGCCGUUCAAGGUGCCUUUUGUCUGUGGCUGCCGAAACUUGGGCGAGGCAUUGAGAAGAAUUGCUGAGGGAGCGGCUAUGAUUCGGACAAAGGGCGAGGCUGGUACUGGUGAUGUCGUUGAGGCGGUGAAGCACAUGCGGACGGUCAAGCUGGAUAUUGCGAGAGCGCAGGGGGCGCUGCGGGAGGGCGAAGGUGCGCUGAGGGCGCUGGCGAGGGAGUUUGAGGUUGAUCCCAAUCUUCUCAAGCAGACUGCCCAGCUUGGUCGUCUGCCGGUCGUCAACUUUGCAGCUGGUGGCAUCGCUACACCUGCGGAUGCAGCACUGAUGAUGCAGCUCGGUUGUGACGGUGUCUUUGUUGGUUCAGGUAUCUUUAAGUCUGGCAAUGCUGCACAGAGAGCCAAGGCUAUCGUUCGCGCUACUACGCACUACAAGGAUGCCAAGGUGCUGGCAGAGUGCAGCGAGGGUCUGGGUGAGGCUAUGGUUGGCAUCAACUGUGGCAGUAUGGCGCCAACUGACAAGAUGUCUGGUCGUGGCUGGUAG